AUGACUGCAACCCAGACCCAGAUCCUCUUGAUCACCGGCGGCAAUACUGGACUUGGGUAUGAGACAGUGCGAUCGCUAUGCCAAUCGCCCACGGCGUACGCCAUCCUUCUCGCUGGUCGUGACUUGGCCAAAGCCGAGGCGGCAGUAAAACAGGUCCAAAAGGAAAUUUCAAACAGUUCGAGCACAGUCACGCCGAUCCAAGUCGAUGUCGACGACGACGAUUCGAUCAACAAGGCAUUCGAACGGGUGUCGGCAGAUUACGGGCGUUUAGACGUCUUGAUCAAUAAUGCAGGCGUUCAAUUGGAUCCUCUUCUUCUCACGGGGAAGAUGACCAUGAGAGAAGCCUGGAACAAGUCUUGGAGCGUCAAUACCACGGGCGCGCAGAUAAUGACUUACACUUUUGUGCCGCUGUUGCUCAAGUCGUCGAACCCCAGACUGCUCUUCAUCACCAGUGGCACGUCGACCCUCACCGAAGCGGAGAAGGGGCUAUUGUGGAUUGACCAGGUUCCCCCAAAGGGUUGGCCGAAGGAGCCGAUGGGGAUAGGCUUGGGUUCGUACCGGUCGUCCAAGACUGGUUUGAACAUGAUGAUGAGAGAGUGGUCGCGCAUCUUGAAGGAAGACGGCGUGAAGGUGUUUGCCAUCUCUCCGGGCUUGUUGGUCACGGGUCUGGGUGGGAAUCCAGAGUUAAUCAAGAAGAUGGGAGGCCUGGAUCCGGCCAUUGGGGCGAACGUUGUAAGGGAUGUCGUUGAGGGUAAGAGAGACCAGGAUGCUGGCAAGGUCCUCAGAAGAGAUAGUAUACAGCCAUGGUGA